GCCGAAAACUGACUUGCAGAGAUUUAUUAGAAUUGAUUCUCAGUGUAUCUAAGCGAGCCUCGUUCUUGUUCUUUUAUUACUACUUAAGCGCAUCUCAAUGAUUUACUUCAUCAUCAGACCGGGGAGCAUUACUGAUACAGCUUCAUCAAUAUAACGACCAUGCCGAACCCAAGACUGAAGACCGCCUUCGACGGAAUGGAAGCGCCCAGACUUCGUGAACUCCUCAACAAAUUGUGUGAGUGUGGAAGGCUUACUAUUGAAGACCAGACGGGCAAAAUUGAAGUGGAUGGCCGCAAAAUCAUCAUAUUGAACGGAUUUAUCGACCUUACUGAAAGCGACGAUAGCGAUGGCGAGGGCCAGCAAGACCAUAAUGGCGGUAUUGCAAGUUACAACGACAAAGAAGGCGAUCAAGACAAUAAUGGCGGGGUUGGAAGUUACAACGACAACGAGGACGAGCUUGCUAAGAAAAAAGGAAACGAUGGAGAAGUUUCAAUCAUUGACAACGCGACUUUGCCAGAGCUCGAAACUGCGGAGACAAACCAACAAAUGGGCACAACGGGAGAGCAAAAGACUGACAAAGACGACAAGGAAGCAUUUGAAAACAAGGAAGGAUGCAGUGAGGAGGAAUCAGAGACUGAUUCAUGGGAUAACUCUGAUGAUGACAAUGAUGUGCCAGCUUUACGAAAAUGUGAAAUUAAGGAACUACUUUUGUCAAAGAAGGAUUAUCUAAAGGAAAUGUAUGUUUCAAAGAAAAGAAAUCUGAAGAUGUUCGAGUGCGAAAAUUGUGGUUUCGAAUUCAAUAUCGAGGAAAACGAAAAGGGCGAUUGUUGCUUCCAUCCAGGUGAGAGAGAACUAGAUGAUAAUUAUCGGGAGGACUAUCAUUGGCCGAAUUAUGGAGAGCCGUGGAAGAGUGUAGAUGAUCCGGACUAUGCAGAUCGAUUCAUCUGGAGUUGUUGUGAGGGCCAUUCAAAUGCGGAGGAAUGUAUCUCUACGAGACAUAAAGCAUUGGAGGAAGGAAGCAGCAAGAGAAUCAGAGCUGAGGCCUGAGGUUUUGUUGUGGUUGUAGCGACGGCGGCAAUGUCAUUGCAUACCCCAAUCUUGAUCUUGAUCUUCCAAAUGCAGAUGAUCCUCUUAUGUUGGAGGAUGAACCUUUAUGGGGAAAAGAUAUAAUGAGAGUUCUUUGCGUAGAUUGGCA